CCAGUCAGAUAUACAUUACAUGAGAGUGGCUGUCUGGAAAUUCGUCUGGUGCCUGCAGCAGUCUGAUAAUACAAGAAGAAACUCUUUAACAGGGCAUCAAACAUUCUCACCAUGUCCAACCAACCCAUGCAAAACCACCAUGAGGUUGCCUACAUGUCACUGAUGAGAGGCUUGAUAGAGCUGGACCUCCGUGGCCACUCUGUUCCCAGCAAUCUGGUCCUGAUUGGAGACCAUGCCUUUCCUUUGGCAAUGAACAGCCAAGGCCAGACCCUGAUGGCUGCGUCUCUGUACGGCAGGGGAAGGAUUGUAGUUCUGGGUCAUGAGAGUUACCUGUCGACCUUCCCAGCUCUUGUAGAGAACGCUCUGACCUGGCUGAGAGGAGAUGGAUCCGACAACCUGUCUGUAGGGGUCCACAAAAAUGUCUCKUCAGUSGCUGAUGAGCUCAGCAAAUCUAGCUUCCAAACCAAAGUGGUGGGGGCCUUUAGUGACAAUCUGGGGGUGGGUGUGUAUGUGACAGAUGCCUACAUGACUGGUCCCUUCCUAAAAUUCUGGAACUCACUAAACGGAAAGGAUUUUGAGGAUGACUUGGAGUUCUUACUCAAGGGGGUUCCAGAGUUCGACCUCCAACAGGAGGUAAUACUUUCUGAGGUUCUGGUCCAUGGCCCUCUGGCCUUUCCCAUUGGGACCACAGAGCAUGGACAGCCAUUCCUGGCAGGAGCCUACUAUGGACAGGGACGGGUCAUUGUGAUUUCUCAUGAAGGAAUUCUUGCACGAGAGCCAAUGACUCAGUUUUGGAGUAAUGCGCUUCACUGGUUGGAUGAAGGCCGGAAUGGAGUCAUUGGUGUAUUGCCUGAUCACGCCCUUGGAAUCCUCAACAAGUCAGGGCUARAGUGUGWGAAGACAGACUUCAGGAAAKACCUGAGUGUAUUUGUGUGCACAGCAUACCGCGGUGAUCACAUUGAGGAAAUCCAGGACUUUGUGGCAGAGGGAGGAGGCCUUCUGAUUGGUGGACAUGCCUGGUACUGGGCACAGACACACUGUGGACAAAACCCAUUAACCGAUUUUGUUGGGAACAAGAUCCUGACCAAAAUGGGUUUGAGCCUGCUGGGAGCAACAGUCGGAGGGACUGUAUACAAGGCCCCUGUACCCAGCCAGGCUAUCAAAGACACCUACAACUUCCUCCACCUUCUGCACCGCUUUGCUGGACAUGUAAACAAAGGCGAACAACUUACRAAGCAUGAAGAGGAACUUCUGAAAAAGCUGGGCUCAGACUGUUCCACCUACCUGACCAUGAAGGCUCAUGACUGCUCCUUCUAUGCACAGGUUCUGUCUGCCCUCACUGAUAUUGUAGUGAGGUCCGGCAUGCCACAGGUGUGUGACAGCUGUCCUGUAAGGAGUUCCAAAGACCACCUGCUCCUCAGUGUGGGCACAGAGAUAUAUAAGGUUUGCCCRAAUCCAGAUGCUCUCCUGCCAUUCCUCAUUAAGGAUAACCCUAUGAUGCCAGUUAUCUAUAACCACAGGAUCCAGAUCAGUGUUAAUACAUCAGAUGAACUGGGACACAACCAGCAGAGAGGUUGCUGGGAGUUCCCAUCACACACCACAGAGUGUACAUGCAACCUCUGGUCAGUGUAUGUGCAUGAAGAGGUGCUGGGGAUUAACAGAGCAAAGGCUCACCCAAAUAUGACUUUGGAAAACCGAAACUGUCGAGCAAGGGAGUAUGCUAAGGGGGGCAGGAAACUCAGCCAUUGGGACAUGUGGGUGGCCCUGGAGACAUAUAUGCAGCUCCAGGAUAAGUUUGGCUGGGAUGCCUUUAAGAAGGUGUUUGCUGCCUACCUCACAAUGAGCGACUUCCCCGGAAACAACGAAGGAAAGAUGAACCUGUACGCCGAGACUUUCUCCCAGACUGUGGGGAUGAACCUGACUGGAUUCUUCAAGGCUUGGGGUUGGCCCAUCGAAMAAGCCACAGAAGACAAAUGUUCCAACCUGCCCGCUUGGAGUGACCACCCCAUGACUCAAUAUGACUGAACUGCAGUAUGAUGCUGAUUGAAGUGUAGAGAUAUGGGUUCUAACUGCUUCUAUCUGACUUUGGGUAUUUGUGGGAUAUUCAAUUACUGAGUCUUGUAUGUAUAGUUGAUGCAUUUCACCAUGUCUCAUCUAAUAUUUUAAAACAUUAAUACAGCUGAUCAUAUAUUUACAGCUCUUAAAUGUCUUGCUUGUGUGUGAAUUAGUAAACUUAAUUUAAAUUCUAUACUGAAUGUUCUUCAGUCAGACCAGGUCUAACAUAAAAAAAGAUUUUCAAAGUUAUAAAACUGCGUAUCAAUGUAUGGGUAAUUCUGACUGUCUUUCUUGUUGUGUGAUUAAGAAGAGGUAUAA